AUGGAGAAAGACGCCUCUGAACCGGACCCAUCCCGCCAACGGAACGGGGUCGUGGGCGUGCUGUACGGGGAGUUCACCGACAUGCUCAACGACAGGGUCCGGUACUCAGUGAGCCUGACGGAGAGCGCCCUGACCAUCCAGAGGAUCUGUUCGUCACCCGGCCGGACUAAGGUGGUUUUUAACUUGACAGAUUGUGUCGGUUGCCGGGCGUACAGAGGGCCGGACAGCUCGGAUGUCGGAGCUUACUUUACAGCCUAUUUCUACCCGUUCAAGAGGCGGUGGAUGAGCGCUGGAGUGGCCCGCCAGCGAGUGGAGCAGUGCUUUCGGGUCGCGCUGGUCCAGGACCCGCUCGCCAACCUCCGGGAGGCUGAGAGGUGGGCUCAUGCCAUCAGAGAUGCUUCAGUGCUGCAGGCGCCCCGGAGAGAUGGUGUGGCGUACAUGGAGGUGCGUCGGCCUUGCAGAGUCAUGAUACUGGUGAACCCUCACAGCGGGCGCGGCCAGGCUCUGCAGCACUUUACCGGCCACGUGCAGGGCAUGCUCACCGAGGCUGCUGUCCCCUACACACUCGUUAUCACAGAGCACCAGAACCACGCACGAGAGCUGGUGAGGAAGACAGACCUAUCACAAUGGGAUGCCCUGGUUAUCAUGUCGGGAGAUGGGCUUCUGUUUGAGGUGAUAAAUGGUCUGAUGGAGCGAGAGGACUGGCAAGAGGCCAUCCAGACCCCUCUGGGGAUUCUACCAGGUGGCUCAGGCAACGCCCUGGCUGCCUCCGUCCACCACUACUCUCAGUCACCCCCAGCAUGGAAUGAGGAACUACUAUUGAGCUGUGGUUUCAUGCUGUGCAAGGGUCUGGUUGGCUCCCUGGACCUGGUGUCGAUCCACCUUGCAUCUAAGCAGCGCCUCUUCUCCUUUCUUUCCCUGGCCUGGGGCUUUGUGGCUGACGUCGACAUUGAGAGCGAGAAGUACCGCCAUGUCGGAGCGAUCCGUUUCCUUAUGGGAACUCUGGUUCGCCUUGCUUCCCUCAGAGUUUAUCAGGGUAGGUUAGCGUACCUGCCUUUUAAAGAAGCGCCAAAACUUCCAAAAGGGAACAUCAAGGCUAGCCAGUCACCUUCCACACCUCAGCACCCCUCGCUCUGCUCCUCCCUCCCCUGUCGGCUCAUUCCCAACAUCUCUCCAAACCAGAACUCGCAUCGCAAUUGCAACAGCACAAAUUCCAACUACAACACCAUCACCAACUCCUCCAACAAUGCUAUCACCACCAAAAGACCUGAAACUCAGAGUACCGGCAAGAGCAGAGCACCAUUGGACUCUCUGUUACCAGGUCUGGAUCAGCCUGUCCCUGAGAACUGGACUGUUGUCAAGGAGGAGGACUUUGUCUUGGUGCUGGCUAUUUACCAGUCUCACCUGGCUGAGGACCUAUGGACAGCCCCUGGCGCAAUGGCAGAUGAUGGAAUGAUUCACCUGUUCUACGUGACAGCGGGAAUCUCCCGGCCUGCCCUCCUGCGCCUCUUCCUCGCCAUGGAGAAAGGAGCCCAUUUGGCAUGCGGCUGCCCGCACCUAGUGUACGAGAAGGUAAAGGCCCUGCGGCUGGAGCCCAUCUCACCACAAGGCGUGAUCACUGUGGAUGGAGAGAUGGUGGAAUAUGGGCCUGUUCAGGCUCAAAUCCACCCAGGACUGGCCAGACUCAUAUAUGGAUGA